AACUUGAAUCCUUCACUCUUUCUGGCUGCCUUUUGCGUGGGAAUAGCCUCAGCUGCUCUAAAAUAUGAUCAGACUUUAGAUACAGAAUGGUACCAGUGGAGGUCAACAUACAAGAAACCAUAUGGAGUGAAUGAAGAAGGUUGGAGGAGAGUAGUAUGGGAGAAAAACAUAAAGAUGAUUGAACUGCACAAUCAGGAAUACAGCCUAGGGAAACAUGGCUUUACAAUGGCCAUGAAUGCCUUUGGUGACAUGACCAGUGAAGAAUUCAGGCAAGUGAUGAAUGGCUUUCAAAUCCAGAAACAUAAGAAGGGAAAAAUGUGCCAAAAAUCGCCCUCUGGUGAUAUCCCCAAAUCUGUGGACUGGCGUGAGAAAGGCUACGUAAAUCCUGUGAAGGAUCAGGGUCAUUGUGGUUCUUGUAGAGCCUUUAGUGCAACUAGUGCUCUUGAAGGACAGAUGUUCCGGAAAACUGGCAAACUUGUUGCCCUCAGUGAGCAGAACCUGGUGGACUGCUCUCGGUCUGAAGGCAAUGAAGGCUGCAAUGGUGGCCUCAUGGAUUUGGCAUUCAAGUACGUUUGUAAAAAUAAAGGCCUUGAUUCAGAGGAUGCCUAUCCAUAUCUUGGAACGGACACAAAUGAGU